CACAUGGACGAUGGAUCCAUCGCCCACCCACCGGCUCGUCGUCCACGGGUACAAGUACUCCGUGAAGCGUGAGUGCACCGGCCGUGCUAGCUAGCUGGCCUGAUUCGCGUGAGUUCAUCCAUCCAUCCACCAUGGCCUCCGACCGCCUCGCCGCCCUCAAGGCCUUCGACGAGACCAAGGCCGGCGUGAAGGGCCUCGUGGACGCCGGCGUCAAGGCCGUCCCGGACAUCUUCCGCCACCCUCCCGACCCGCUCCCCCAGUGCACCAAGGUCGCCGCCAUCCCGGUCGUCGACCUCUCGGGUCCCCGCUCGGAGGUGGUCGCCGCGGUGAGGGAGGCGGCGCGGACGGCGGGCUUCUUCCAGCUGGUGAACCACGGCGUGCCGGAGGCGGCCAUGUCGGGGAUGCUGGCGGCGGUGCGGCGGUUCAACGAGGAGCCCGCGGAGGCCAAGGCGCCCUACUACACGCGGGACGCCGCGCGGCGCGUGCGCUACAACUGCAACGCCGACCUCUUCCGGACCCUGGUGGGCAAGUGGCGCGACACCAUCUACAUGGACGACGUGGACCGGCUGGCGGCGGGCGAGGAGGAGGAGGUCCUCCCGCCGGCGUGCCGGGGCGUCGCGCCCAAGUACACGGCGCAGAUACGGAUGCUGGGGCGCGCGCUCUUCGAGCUGCUGUCGGAGGCCCUGGGCGUGCGGCGCGGGUACCUGGAGGAGGAGGCCGGCUGCCUGGAGACGCUCAGCGUCGCCGGCCACUACUACCCGGCGUGCCCGGAGCCGCACCUGACGCUGGGCGCCGUCAGGCACAACGACCCCGGCUUCCUCACCGUGCUGCUCCAGGACGGGGUCGGCGGCCUCCAGGUGCUCACGGACGUCGAGGACGGCGAAGGGAACGUGUCCGCCGCGUGGGCCGACGUGCCGGCGGUGCCGGGGGCGCUGGUGGUGAACGUCGGCGACUUCCUGCAGCUGGUGUCCAACGACAGGUUCAGGAGCGUCGCGCACCGCGUGGUGGCCAACAGCGUGGGGCCCCGGAUGUCGGUGGCGUGCUUCUUCAGGGCCAAGGGAGCGACCGUGUGCGCCCCGGUGGUGGCGGACGGGGGUGGCCCGCCGCGCUACAGGACCGUCACGGCGGAGGAGCUGCUCCGCUCGUCCGGGAAGCAGAACGGGCUCCGUGACGUGAGGCUCUAGCUGGCGAGCCUCAAGAAAGCAGAGAGCAGAGACGAGGCGUGAAUGCAUGUUGGGACAUGGUGAUGAAAUGCGUGUCGAUGAAGUUGGAGCUUUGCAUGAAUUUGCUUAUCUUUGUCUGAAAAAUAAAUAAAUUUGCUUAUCUGCUCAUGCAAGCAAAAUUGUUCA